UUCCAAGCGAACUUAGGCGCCGAAAACAAAAUUUGGCUAGGUCAAUGUUCAGUUUGAUUAACAUUUCGUCACGAUUUACCUUCGUGCGUACUACGCUCAGUUCUAGAUUCAAAUAGAAGGUGAAUAUUGGUGUUUUUGUUUUCCUUCAAGUUCAGCGAAGAAUUGUGCUCAAAAGUAGCGAGAUGAGUGAAAUAACGUACGGUCCCGUACUACCGGAAGACUUUGAAGUCGCUCGUCAAUUCAUAGUGGACUACUUUUACGCCUUUGAGCCCAUGAACCGGGCCUAUAUUCAUGGGAAGGAACCUGCAGAAGAGGACGUGGAGUUCAGUGUGAAGUUUCUGAACGAAGGUCUAGGUGUCAAAGCUACGGUAGAUGAUGGACGGAUUGUUGGUAUUUCGUUGGGUUACAUCGGAAGCGAAGAUGAUGUGGCGGUUUUGACGGAGAGCGUUAAAAAUUCCAGGGACCGGAAAUGGGGUGACAUCCUGCAAUUUUUGAUAUUCGUUCACGAAAGUUCGAAUGUUAGUGAGAAGUUUGGCGUUUCGGAUGCUUACGAAAUACAAAUAGUUGGUGUUCAUCCCGACUUUAGGGGUCGUUCCAUUGCGAAGGAACUGGUUAGGAAACAACUUCAGCUGGCAAAGGAGAAGGGUUUCAAAGGCGUUUACGUCGAUUGCUCGAACGUUUUCACCGCAAAAAUAAUGGAAUCGUUGGAGUUUGAAAUUGUCAACGAGAUUGUUUUGGAAAACUAUCGGACGGAGAAGGGAGAACAAAUUUUCCAACCGGAGGAUCAAGUGAAUCGAUCGAUAAAAUCAUAUUUUAAGCGUAUCUAAUAAACAAUGAUGGUAGCAAGCUAGCUGUGUUUCAUUUUCCGCUUGUUCCUUUAGUCUAGACGGCGACGGCGGCGUGCGCGUGACAUUCGAGCAGUCGUGAAUCAGCCGCUAAGCAGUUC